UACUUCGUCAGUUAACUGGUCAUUUAGUUAGUUAGUUGGUUAGUUUGUGUGUAACCUAUGAGGUAGUAGAGAGUAACAAUGUUCAGUCUUUUUUCGUGUUAGUCCACCUGUCUUUGUUUGUUCGUUUGUACUGAUAAGAAGACUAAAAUCAAAUUAAAUUGGCGCGAAAAAAACUGUUGUCAAUCUGGAUUUUGUUCAAAAACAAAAUAGCAUGUCAAUAAUGCGAAAGAUAACAAAAUAGAAUAUAUAUAAAUAUAUACAUAUAUAUUUGUGGAAUUAUACUAUACUUAUUCUAUUACGCAACAGCUCGAUUAUUCAGUUGCUUACAAUUGGCCUUAACAUUCUAAUGAUAUGCUUAACAUAACUAUCUCAGAUUUCUGAGAAAUUUCACCCGCCUCCCGGUCCACGCCAUCCACUACCGAUUGAAAUCAUGACUGCUGAUGAAUUUGUCAAUAGUGGAUGCUCAAAAGUGGAUGAAAAACCUCGACAAACAUUUUUAAAUCGUUUAAAACAAAUCCGUCGUUAUUUUUCAAAUCCUACACUUCAACAUCAUCAUCAUCAUGAGAAGUCUCGGAAUCAUAAACGAUGCAGUGCUGAGAAACCACCAAAAUCUAUUCAAUGUCAACAAGGUCAUAUUACUGAAGAAUCACCUCAGAAUUUGACAUCCCCAAAAUUACUUCAUUCAUCAUAUCUUAACAGGAAUAAUAAAACAAACCAUUGGACGCUGAAACACUUUAAAAAUCGCAUCAAAACGUCGACCAUCACAAGACCAACGAGAACUGAAACUCACGGAAUCAACGCGGAGAAACAGAAAUCGUCUACUAUAUCUGUUGAACCUACAAGAGAUAUGAAUGAAUUUGAAACACAAUUUCAUAACCCGGAUUAUCAUGGAUACUACUUUCCAAUGAAAGACUCUGAAAAUGUACUCAUGACAGAUCAUGAUCCUACAAGUAUUACAACUCAUGCAUCGAUAGAUGACGUCUCAUUACAAUCCAUCUCAAUAGAUUCUUUCAGUUUUGAUGGAUUCGAAGCAGACGAAGAAGGAGAAGAAUUCGAUGACAUGAAACAUCAAAAUCCACAGCAACAGCAACAAAAGAAGAUCACUAAUUUAGAUGAGCCUUCAACUACAAAAGAUAAUAAUUAUUCACCGAUCAUAGUUGAAUCUGAUUUUGUGAGUACAAUUCUAAGAGAGACAGGAUUAUAUCAUAAAGAGAGUGCAAAUAUUGAACUACAACAAAAACAACAACAAGAAGAACAUAAACAUCAACCCUUAUUGAAGCAUUUAACACAUUCAACAAAUAAUCAAUUAUCAAUGUCUGAUAUUUAUUCAAUUUUCGCUAGUCAUGAUCACCUGGAAACCACUGUAACUCACAAUAAUCAAAAUCAAAAAUCAAACCUUAAGACAACAAAUUAUCAGAGUAAAUAUUCAAUGUUCAACUCACUGAAACGCUUUUCAAUGACACUGAACACAUCAGCAUUGAAUAAUGGUAGUAGCAGUACUAAUAAUAAUGACAGUAAAGCGAAGAAUUCCAGUUUCACUUCGACAUCUUUGUCAAAAAGUAAUCUUCGCGAGUUGGGUUUACGAUUGAAACGAUAUUUUCACGGAGCUGGAAAAUCGAAAACACUACCUACUGUGGAGGUGUACAAGGGACCCAGUGAAAAAAAACCCUCCAAUGAACUUGUCAAUGAAUAUAAAUCACUGAAUGCCAAUCUAAACCAACUACAGGGUUAUUUCGAACAUGAGAAUGCCAAUAGGAAUAAUAAUAAUAGCAUCGCCAGUCGCCAUGGCAAUAAUAUCAAUACAAAUUCUAUCAACUCCUUAAUAUCCGAUAAUUAUCCUGGUGAUUUGAAUGCCUCAUCAAUACGACUGAACAAAAAGUUUAGCGGUGACGAUAGCAUUCCAGAGAUACUGACAUCUACAUCAACGGGUGCGACAAGAACAGAUCAACUCAUCAGUUCUCCACGUCGUUCAUCAUCUUCCCUCGCAAGAUAUCGACAUCGAAAUGAGGAGAAGACGUCGUCGACUUCCGCUACCGCUCCAACCUCUGCAUCAGGGAAUCAACGGCUGUCACACUAUUCAGUGGAACAUUCUGAAUACCACUCUGACACUCUACCGCAGUAUUAUUACAUGCCAACUUUAUUCAGUUCGGAGAGCAAAUCGUCGUCGCUGAGUAAAGAAAGUGGAGGUAGGAAGAUAUUGAAUUUCCUUCAACGUGGAUUUCAGUCGAAACGUCCAAAAUCGAUGGUGAAAAGUGAACGAUUCAAGAAUAAAUCAAAGCGUCGUUCAGGCUCUUCAUCAAGUCUCGAUAGUCAUCUACACAAGAAGUCUUCAUCCACUGUCAGUAUAGAAAAAGCUAUAAGCUGUCUUGGUGAACAGAUCCAACUACCCGUUGAAUUGUAUCAAGCCUUCCAUGUGAAACCACCGACAGAAUAUGCAGUCAAGACAAGUCACCUGAGCAAUGGGAGUGCUGAUCCUAUUGGCAGAUUAACACAAAUAUGUAAUAUUGAUCCAAGUCUAAUUGGGAGUAGUAUUAGCAAUCAUAAUAACACUAAUAAUAAAAACAGAUGUCAUUAUUGUUUCCAAGUUAUGUCUCCAUCUCAAGAAUUCCUGAUGACAUCAAGUACAUCUGGCCUACAGCCGAAUCGCGAAGAAAGAAAGUCAACUGACAAGAAUUAUCUAACACGUUCUAUGAGUGGUGAAACGUCUACAACUUCCAGUCCUAUAAUCACCAAUAUGUAUGACAAUAGUAUUAAUGAUCGUAACAACAGUCCUUCUAAAGCUUCCUCUUCCGCCUCCGCAUCGGCAGCAGCAACAAGAACGCCAGUCACUCUUCAAUCUCAGGGAAGUACAACAGAGGAAACUGUCAAUAUUCCUUUCGUUAUAUAUAAUUAUUCUUGUCAAUCUGCUUUGGAACGUGAUCGUUGGGUCCAAUAUUUAAAACGAUUGGUUAAUCCCGGACAAGAUACUCAACGUCGUAAAGAGAAUUGUUUAAAUGUAUGGGUCCAAGAAGCCAAAGGAUUAACCGUGAAAAAUAGGUAUUUUUGUACAAUCUUGGUGAAUGGUACAAUCUGCGCACGUACAACUGUCAAACAAAUGACAGAUAUGUUAUUUUGGGGUGAAGAAUUCGACCUAAGUGGUCUAACAGACUGUUCUUAUCUAACAAUUGAAAUAUGGAAGGCAUGUGAAAUCGGUAAAUCCACAUCAUCUCCCUCCUCGCAUCGUCAUCGUAACAAUUCACCGUCGAAUCGUCGGCGUGGUGAUGACGCCAAAAACACAAGUCCACCAGCAGCAAUGCGUAAAGCCAUGAUGACGUGUACAAGAGCUGUUGCUGAAGACGGAUCAGUCUCCCCACCAGAUUUUACUGCUUUUCGUAAUUCGGCUAUUUUGGAUGACUUUUCCAUUAUGAAUAAUGGGGAUACUGAUGGAGGAUGUGCUGGACAAAAGCGCCGAAAAUUCAAAACGUCAUCGUCUACAUCAAAAGUUGAUAAGAAACCUACCCUAGUUGCAACAAUCAAUAUUAAUCUAUUAGAUAUUUCAAAUUCGGGUGACGUUGAGAGUUGGUAUUCUCCGGACUCAGCAAAUAAUCCUAAUGCCAGUAAUAAUUCAAUAAUGCUUUCAAGUUGUUUGAAACAGCAGCAACCUUCAGAUCCGCACGAACAUGUACCUUUACAACGAAAAUCAAAAUCCAAGACGAAAUCAAGAUCCAGUGGUGAUUCAAUUACAAAUUGUGUUCAAAUACGCGUGAAAAUACGUUAUCGUGCUUUGACUGUCCUACCAUUAACAAGUUAUGCCCGCCUGGAAGCGAAUUUGUGUCAAUUUCAAAUGCCUAAGACAGUUCAACGUCAAGAACAUCAACUGCUGCAGAUGACUGGUUCUACACUAUUGUUCAAUGGCUCAAAUUCUUUGACAACAUCAUUAUCACAGAGGCCGGAUUUAAUUCAACUGUUGUCAAGCCUAGAUCCAUGGUUGAACGUGAAAGCAAAAGCUGAGUUGGCCGGUGCCAUCGUAGUUUUACAACAGGCUAGAGGACAAGUGAUUGAAUUUUUAGCAAGCCUUAUUUUAUGUGAAGUUAGGAAACAGACUGAUCCAAAUAUGGUAUUACGUGCUAACAGUAUAGCCACAAAAGCUACAGAGAUCUAUUUACGUCUUGUCGGUGGUUCGUACUUGCCAACAAUUCUCUCCGACUUCGUGAAGAUAGUUAUCUCUGGUAUGCCUGUUGAUCCACUCUUGAUGAUAAACAAUCGUCAGCAGCCUAUUGAUUAUGAAGUUGAUAUUUCGAAGGUGCAAACCUCUUCUCAAUUGGCACAAAAUCAAGUGAAUUUACUAAGUUUAGUUGAACUUGUAUGGAAAAAGAUUUUAACAAGUGAAGAUAAAUUUCCAGAACAAUUUAGAGCCUUAUUUAUCGAAAUUAGACAACAUUUAGACGGUUCAAAAGGGUCCUACUUAUCAUCAUCAUCAAUGAAUUCCAAUGUCAGUAGUGGUAACGUGAGUGUCGUCGGUGUCGGUGUCGACAAUGGCAAUGGUACAUUGUGUGAACAUGUCAUCUCAGCUUGCCUUUUUCUACGUUAUAUAUGUCCAGCUAUCCUUUCACCAUCACUGUUCAAUUUAACCCAUGAAUUCCCGAGUGAACCAAGAGUACUACGGGCAUUUACUCUGGUUGCUAAAACAAUCCAAACACUGGCGAAUUUCAGUCUCUUCAGUGGUUCCAAAGAAGCCUACAUGAAAUUUAUGAAUCAGUUUGUCACUGAUCAGUUGCCAGAGAUGCGACGUUUUCUACAUUCCAUUUCAAUGCCGAUCGGGAAAGCGUCGAUGCAUUCUACUUCUUCGCCUUCACAAAAAUCACUAAAUAGCAACAGUACAGCAGUACUGAAACCGAUCAAUAAUAAUAAUAAUAACAACAUUAGUCGUCAUGCUACCGGUGACAAUAACCAUAGCAAUAGAAAUAGUCAAAACGGUUCUACACCUCAUUCCCUACAUAUGAUUAGUUCAUCGGAUGAGAAUCUCCUGAAAGUAUCGAAACUAUCGUCAACACAUCGAUUAGGUGGAGAGGAUGAUCGUGGUUGUGGUGGUUCUUCUACGUCUUCAGAGAAUCGUAUUGGCAACAGUCAAUCACAUCAUGGAGGAUUUAUGGGGGAGAAUAAUGGACUGUCCACAAACACCAGUGUGCCAGUUUCAAUCAGUUCACGUGGUAAAAUAAAUAAAUCGCAUGAUGUCAAAUCGCCUAUGAAACAACAAUCUAGUCAAGAAUUAUCCAAACACAAAACAACAUAUCAAGAAGGGUCAACCACGCUGAAUUGUAUCGCGUUACCACCCCUUCCAAGUUGUGAAAGUCAACACUUAAGUUCUCAUCAGCCUCAGAAUCAUCUCGGUUUAAGAGAUCAUGUCGAUUUGCCGCUAUGCUUAGCUCUAUGUCAUCUUCAGUUAUGCGAGGCUAUCGAUAAAGUUCCUGAAGAGAAAAGACAGUCAGAUAUCAACGAGUUGAAGACAAUUCUAGACGAAAUCAGUAUGUUCCUCACGAGUGGGAAAGAUCCACAACCAAAUUGGUGGCGGCAGAAGAAGGCGAAUACAAACAGUGAACAGGAUAAUAGGACCUCGUCGAUUAUUGUUAUUAACACUGGCAACACUACAACAAAUGACACCACGACUGGAAUAACAAAAAAAGUAGAGAAUUUCCACAACACAUCAAGAAGUCAUUCAAAAUCACCACAUCCACUCGUGAAGAAGAAUACUUCACAGACAACUACGAGGACUCCUGCUACAACGACUGAUAAUACUACUACUUAUAUUGGGGAGAUAAAUAAUAAGAGUACGAUUUCACUGGAUGAUGAGAAAAUCACCCCACUCACGUCUACACCAAUGUUAUCAGCGCCUAGUUCUACUACUUCGUUGAAACAACAAAUCACUGUUCCUGAGAAAAAGAGGAAACCUACUGGAAGCAAUAAAAAUCAUUAUAAAACUAUGCCCAAUUCAAAUGUUGAAGUUAUCGUGUCGAAAUCACAGCAGAAUCAUCAUACAGAAGCUAGCACUGCUGUCACUACGCCUACGACUUCGCCUACACCUACGAACAUACCACCAGAGCGCAUUAUUCGCUGUGAUUCAAUUGAAAUUAUCAAAGUACCCUAUACAACAAACACUACAGAUGGCUUUUAUCAUUCAAUUGAAGUGAAGAAAAAUCGAUUCCCCAGUACUAAUUCAUCAAUUCAGCCAAAAACUUCACAAGACUUUAUCGUUGACUCGAAACUCGCCAAAGAUACGUUCACUGACUCUUCUUUAAAAGUGGAUCACAGAAAAUGGAGAAAAGGUAGGGUAGAAAGUCCACAGAAAAAGAAAUCUCAUGAAUCUGUUGUUAUAUACCGUGAAACAAAUGAUACUACAACCACUAGUGGUGAACGUUUACACGCCAAACUAGAUAGUCCAGUCAGUGCAGAAAUGAAUCCAACAGAAUUUAGCGAGGAUCCUUCUGUAAUGAGUUCAAACUGUGUAUUAGGCAAUUAUUCUAUCUCUUCUGGUUAUCAUACUAUCUCUAGUCGGUGUGGGAAUAAUCAACCCGUCUCUACACCAAACCAUAAUAUACUGCUGACGUCAAUAAGCGACGAAAUAAGUAGUAGUACUAGUGUGAAUAAUCCUCUAUAUACGUGUCAUUCCUUGAAACAAAUUAAUAAUUCUAACGUUUCAAAUUAUGAUAAUUCGAUAGAAUAUUUUUCAGAUAAAGAUACUGUACUACUUACAAACAACAAUAAUAAUAAUAAUUCAGUAGGCGGUUGUAAUAAUUCUUCAUCGUCAUCAUCAAAGAAACCCAACUCAAAUUCAUCAAGACGACAUACUUAUGUAAAUUUAGGGAAUUCACAUGAAACGAAUCGCCUGAUUGACACAAUAAAGAACGGUGAUCAUCAUUCUCAUCAUCAACAGCGGUCAGAUCAAACAGUGGAACUGGACCGUAGGAAUUGGGCACCACCUGUAUAUAUCCUACCUGAUGAACGAAGAAAUCGACGCGCCACACUAACAACAACAUAUCCAAACACAAAUGAAGUUAAUCUUUCCGGGAAUUCAACAUCAUCUAAGGAACAUAUUCACCAAUCGACUAGUGAUCCACAGGAAUUCCAACAUGGUUCUGCUUCUUCUUCUUCUUCGAUGAGAAGGUUGGAAACAAAACUUGAAAGGAUUAAGUUUGGAACAAAGGAGAUUCCACGUACAAUUGGUGCACCAGCAGGGAAGCGACCAGCGUUGUUUCCUAAAGAGAAUAACACACCGGCGAUUAUCGAUAUCCGCAGUGAGCUGGAUGCAUCACAAGCCCGACUGGCAGAGGCACAAGCUCGUCUAUUAGCCAAUGAAGCUGAACGAAUCCAAUUAUUGCGAUCAUGGAGAAGUGAACUAAUCAAACAAUCUCAGUUGAUUAAUGCAAGCAGUCUGAACCAAAAUCAAACUACCACAGUGGUCUAUGAGAAUCCCACAGAGCCUCAGCAACAAUAUGCCUCCAGUUUACGCAUAACGCAUUCAGUAAAUAAAGAUCCAGCUCAACUGAGCUUAGAUCAUAAUGACGGUGAUGAUGGUGAAAACGAUGAUAAUAGUGAUCGAGAUUAUAAUGAUAUGAUCACUAAUGAGCCAAGAUCAUUGUCUGUAAUCCCGUUAAUCAAUACUAACUCAUUACAAAGACAGGAUUUACAUCAUUAUUAUGCGGAAAGUAUUUAUGAUUAUGAAGAUAGUGAACUGAUGCAUUGUAAUACUAAUAAUAACAAUAAUAAUGUUGAUCCCGAUCAACAUAAGAAGAGUAAACGAUCUGCUGCCACUACAGAUCGAUAUAUUCAUAUACCUAUGAGUAACAGUAAUAAUGGCGGUACAGUUGGACGUCAUUUCGGUGCACAUCAGAAUACACCAGGAUCAUCGGUGAAAUCACAAAGGUCAUACAGUAAUCGGCCUCGGAUGGGAGCAUCUGCUAUCGUCUCAAAUCUUCACGAUCAUUCUACAACCUCGUCGGCAUCCGUUGAUAAUAAUUAUCAACAGUCUACACUGCCAGGACGAGGGAAAUUAACAACUCAGCAGCAUCACUGGAAUAAUGGUAAUCAUAAAAUUGAUAAAAACACCAAUCCCAAUACAUCAUCAGAAACAAUGAUGACAACGCCUUCAUCAACAGAUUUGGAUGAAUUCUAUCGAUUAUCGCGUAGUCCAUCGACUCCAGGAUUGUGCAUUAAUAAUAAUGGUAAUAAUCAUUCAAAAUAUUCACCGCGUACAACGGUGCCUUCAAUGACGACAACAACAACACCGCCGGCAACAACGCCACAACAAAUCACUGGGAGGACAGAUGAAGAAUUCGCCAGACAAAUUCAAGCCAUCAUUUAUGAAAAUAAUCAACAUUUAUGCUCAAAAUGAUAAUAAUAAUAAGCCUUCACAUUUUAUACUUAUUUGCAUAAACUACUCAUAUAUAAUUAAAUAGUAUCUGUUCAUCUGAGAUAUCACAAGAAAUUCACAUAUUCACAGACAUAUAUACACACACUUGUGUAUACCACGCCCUGCUGAUAGAUGGGCAGAUAUGCCUUCAAUCUCUUUUGAUCUCGAUCACAUACACACACACAUGUGGACCCUGUGCAAGAAGUCGUUAGUUCCCCAGGAACCGACGACAAUUUCUACAAUUCAUCCUGCCACUGGUACUUUCUUGUAAUGUAUAAUUUUCUAAUUUCUAUGUGUGUGUGUGUGAUGAUUUAGCAACAUAUUUCUGAUUAUGGGUGGUGCUCAAUCAAUCCUAUUCUGAUCACACACUCACACACACCAACAUACAUACAUACAUACAUACACUGACAGUUUUGUAUAGUUUCCUCUAAAUUUCCCACUUACUUACUUGUCUACUUCCUUAAUUUUAUUGAUUUCUUUUUGUACUGCUCAGCUCUUCAUAAAACUGUGUGAAAAAUGUAACCAUAUGAUGAAACAAUACAAAUUAUGAAUGAUGAUGGUGGCGAUGAUUGCGUAAUAAAUAAUAAUCCU